AUUGGAUAUAAUGCACCUCCAUAAACAAAGAGCUGAACACACAUAUCCGCCUUGAAGAGCAGCAGUGUACAGAUCCUUACAUAAGCACAGACCUCCACACAUUAUUUGUAGUGAAGCAUUAUGGGUGGUCAGGUGUCCAUUGAUGAGAAUGUCCAUGUGGUGAUUGUCGGCGGUGGUUUUGGUGGCAUUGCAGCUGCUCAACACCUUAAACAUCACGGAGUGCCCUUCAUGCUUAUUGACAUCCUGGAUGCGUUUCAUCACAACGUUGCAGCGCUGCGUGCCUCAGUUCAGGCUGGUUUUGCGAAGCAGACAUUCAUACCAUACAAAGAGACAUUUGGACUGAAUUUCCUCCAAGGCCGUGUCAUACAGAUAGACUCAGAAACGCAGACAGUUGUGCUCGACAAUGGAAAGCAAGUACGUUAUUCACACCUCAUUCUGUGCACUGGAACAAGCGGACAUUUCCCAGGCAAACACAAUUCUGUGGACACCUACCAAGCAGCCAUUCAGAAGUAUGAGGACUUUGUCAAAGAGAUCCAGGAAGCAAACACGGUCGUAGUUAUUGGUGGUGGAACCACCGGCGUUGAAAUGGCUGCUGAGAUCAGGACUGAAUUUACUGACAAGAAGGUGAUUCUGAUCCACCCGCGUGAGGAGGUGGCUGAUCCUGAUCUUUUGCCUUCUGUCAAAGAACAAGCCAAACAGGUUCUGCUGGAUAAGGGGGUGGAGCUUUUGCUAGGGCGGAAAGUGACAAACCUUGAUGAGCUGGAAUUAAAUGUGUGUCGGAAAGACAUGGAGAUCAAGACCAAUAAAAAUGAGCAGGUCACUGCUGAUCUAGUCAUCUGCUGCACAGGAAAUAAAAUCAACUCUGAAGCAUACAGGUCCAGUCUGACUGCAUGUAUGACAGAGAGUGGUGCUCUGAAGGUGAACAAGCACCUGCAAGUAGAAGGCUUUGACAAUGUGUAUGCUGUGGGUGACUGCACCAAUGUCAGUGAACCCAAGUUGGCGUAUCAUGCUGGACUCCAUGCUGCGGUUGCUGCCACUAAUAUCAUAAACAGUCUGAAAGGAAAAUGUUUAACCUCAUAUCGCACAGGAAAUGUGACUAUGCUGAUUGCUAUGGGCAAGGAUGCUGGAGUAGGCCAGUUUAAUGGCUGUAAACUACCUCAAUUUCUGGUCACCAAGGGAAAGAGCCAAGGCUUGCUGCUGUGGAAGAGCUGGAGGGAAAUGGGCCAAAAAGCCCCAAAUUAACACAAGGUUAACAAAAAAAUGAUUACAUUAUACUUUAAACUUCUUUACUUGGUCACUAUUUAUCGAAAUAGUAUUUACAUUAAUCGCUGUCUUAUAAUUAAAUUAAAUUAAAACAUACCAGCAGAAGGAUGAUUUAUAUUGUACAAAUAACCAUUUUUAUAUAUUUAUACAUUUGUUUGCUCUUGUUACUCUUCAUUGAUAGUAGUUUGCGUUCAUGUCUUCCUGCAUUGACCACGUGAUGAACUGUUGGUGUUUUUCCACUAGAGGGCGAUCAUACAGUAUAAAUUAAAUCCCUGUUGCCUGAUCAAAAAAAAAAAAAAAAAAGAAAAAACAAGAUGCUGCUGAGUCACCCAAUAGAUAUUGUUUUUUUUUAAACGCUCCAUAACUUAACCAACUUUGUGAGUUUGUUUAAAAUGAUUUAUAAACAGUGUAUGCCUUUACUUAUGUGUUUUCUGAAUCUGACUGAGUGAUUCACACAGUGGAGUGACUCAAAUUAGCCUAAAUCAUUUUGAAGAUCCAUUAAUGUGGCCUAAUCAGGUUUGUUAAUGUGUAAUCUAUGGAAAUGUAAGCUGUUUGAUUCAGCAGCACACUUCAUUGUUGUCACGUGAUUUCAUCAUGCAUCAGAUAUGAAUAGUGUGGUGAUAUAAUUGUAAGGCAUUUUAAAGCAUUUUAAAAUCAAUUUAGUGUAAAACUUAUGGGCAGUUCAUUAAAAUAAUAAAUAUUAUUUUGCAGUUUAUUCAUGUUACUGAAAAGACCAAGAUAAGUGCACUGCACUAGAGAUGCAUAAAGUUAAAUGUCCUGGUGCACUGGGUUACUGCACUGCCAAGAAAGAGCUGAAAGAGCUGCGAAUCACAAUCAAAAUGCCUCAUAAUGAAGCAGUCGUGUCUGGAGCUGGUGGGAAAGUUGUUGGCAUUUAGUGUUCAUGAAACUCUUGAUAUAUUGUUCUGAAAUCAAGGUAUUGUGCUUUUUAUAUCAGGUUACACAUCUUUGCUCGUUGGCCUUGGAUACAAGUGGUCUUUAAAUGGCAAUACUGCCAUAAAUUCCAGCUUUGAGAAGCUCACAAUCACAACCCACUGUUUGAGUUGAGUCUGGGUCUCACAGGCACUGAUUCAGUUCAGAGGUUGCUUUAGUUUGGCUGCAGCUUUGUCAUCUUCAGCCAGUAUCCGGUGGGAUGUUGCCUUACUCCAGUAUGAAUGUCAGCUAGCAUUGUUCAUGUUUGUUCAUGAGUUUGUUCAUGUUUGUCAUUUGUUAUCCUCAUUGUUAAAGGGAUAGUUCAACCAAAAAUUCUGUCAUUUACUCACCAUCAUGUCGUUCCAGACCUGUAGGAGUUGCUUUCUUAUGUUAAUAAAAUAAAAAAAGAUAUUUUGAAGAUUGAUGGUAAUCAAACAGUGGAUCCCAUUGACAUUCAUAGUAGGAAAAAAAUACUAUGGAAGUCAAUGGCAACCACCAACUGUUUGAUUACCAGUAAUAUUCAAAAUAUCUUGUUUUAUAUUCCACAUAAGAAAACAACUCAUGCAGGUUUGGAACAACAUGAGGGUGAGUAAAUGAUUACAGAAUUUUCAUUUUUGGGAGAACUUUUCCUUUAAGGAUAAUCAUUGCCAUGCAGAUUUUUAUUUUUUCAACAUGCUUUUUUUAAAGGGAUAGUCCAUCCAAAACUUGUGUUAUGUUUACUGACCCUCAUGUCAAUCCAAACCCACAAGACUUUUGUUCGUCUUCCUAACACAAAUAAAAAUAUGUUCAAAGACA